GACAAGGACAGACUUACGUUGCAUGACAAGGAGCGCACUAAUGUGCGAUAAGGACAGCAAUUGAUUUCAAUUCUAUCAUCCCAUCGCUAGUUUCAGUAUUAAAAUUUUAUUGACGAAAAAAAUUAAUUGAGGAGACUAAUUUGCAAACUUUUGCAGUUGUAUUUUCGCCCCCUUUUUCAUCUUUUUAUUAUCUGUCUCUAAUCAAAUAAUGUUGCUGUAUAACAUUGAUGAAACAUAGUUUUGUGCAUACACUGUAUUCAUGAUCUAUUAAAUCGCAUUAAUAAUAUGAAAUAAAUUAUCGUUAAAUUUAAUAGCAAAUUUGACAAAAUAAUAAUACUUUAUUCACAAUAUUAUGUUUAUAGAAAUCGUGUAAAUAGAAUUAGAAUAAAAAUGACAACUUUUCAAACUCAACUUUUAUAUGCUUUAGGAAGUAAAACAAAAAUUCUUUCAGAGUUAAAAAAAGUGUUUGUUCGUCCUUUAAUACAAAUUGCUGUAAAAACAAUAAAUCAAGAAUACAUAGAAGAAGGCAUAUUAGAUAGAAUAAGUCAAAAAUACAAUAUACCAGAUGAAAUUGUGGAUGAAUACUAUUCAGUCAUUUUUACAAUAUUGAAGAUACAUUUGGGCACAUUAUCACAAAAUAUAAAACCUGCAGAAUUUAAACAAACAUUAGAGGAAUUAAAAGUACCAUCAGAAUGUAUUGAUGAUUUAUCUAUAGUUGUAUAUGGUCAGAAGCGACCAGAAUUAAUAUCAGGUUUAAUACAAAAAACAAAAUUUUAUCCACAUCUAAUAGGUUGCAAGUGGCGUAUUGAUAUUACUAUUUCAUCUAGCAUAUUGAACAGAGUCUUGGAACCACAUAUUAUAAUGGAAUGGAUAUUUAAUAAUGGAAAACAUCAAAUAUUUGAAUUAUCUUUAUCAAAAUUUCACCAACUGAGACAUGCUAUAGCAACUAUACUUGUAGAUAUGCAAAAAAUUGAGAAACAAUGUGCUUCAAAAAAUAUUCUGUGUACGACUAUACGCAGAAUAACAACAAAUAUACAAACCAUAAAGGAUUUGGGCGUAUACAUCAGUAAAUGUCUACCAAAGUAUGUGCAGAAAGUUCAAAUAAAUGCUGGCGAUGAACUUGAAAUAUUAAUUUGUCCAGAUGGAGUUGUACCAACGAUAAAUUUCUUGAAAUAUCAUCAGAAUACUCAGUAUAUUUCAUUAUCAGAUCUGACUGCAGUGGAUGUUCCUUCUAGAAAAUAUAGAUUUGAGGUUGUCUACAAUCUUCUUUCUUUUGCUUUUAACUCACGUAUUAGAGUAAAAACAUAUACAGAUGAAUUGACACCUUUACAAUCAAUAGAAAGUAUUCAUGAUGCUGCAAAUUGGUACGAACGAGAAGUGUGGGAUAUGUUUGGUAUACUGUUUCGAGGUACGCUACGAUGACGAAUACAAAAGAGUCGUAUGUGAACCAUUAGAGUUAACACAAGAGUUUCGUAAAUUUGAAUUGGCCGCACCAUGGGAACAAUUCCCAAAUUUCCGUCUUGCCGCACCUGAAGAAAGCAAAGAAAGCACGCCUAAAGAAAAAGAUAAAAAGUAAAUUACGCUUUUGUUGUAUAUUAUAAACAUGUAUUGAAAUAGACAUGUUUUAGUUUUUACAUUAAUUACAAUAAUUAUUUAUUUAAUAUUAUCGUGCAUCCCUUUCAAUAAAAUAGAUACAAAAUAUAAGAACGAAAAUUUUGUAAUUUGUUUAUUGACCCUAGUAGCAUGAACAAUUUAUGUAAGAUAGCUUCUUUUAUAUUAUUAUUUAUUUUACAUACUAUAUGAUAUAAACGUAAUUUGUUAAUUACAAAGUGCUUAUAUUCUAAUUUUAAGGCAUAUUUUUCGGUGAGUUGUAAAUAAAUUGAAUCAAUAACGGAAUUGACUGAUUCUAUAUUUAAUAUUUACGUGUAUAUAGUAGGAAUUGCUGUAUAUUUAUCGUUUCCUUAAGAGAAGUGUACAAGUACUCAACCUUUGUUUUUAAUAUUUUAUACAUACAAUAAAAAUAUAUACUAAAUUAUGUUAUUGCAUCUUUCAUUUUUUUUUGUUUUGUUUUAGGUAAUUUCGAUAGCACCAGCAAUUAGAAUGUUUUUAAACUAA